UCUCCUCCUCCUCCUCUCCUCCUAGAGCGAGACAGCAAUAUGGAGCCUGAGGACCUGCCGUGGCCCGGCGAGCUCGAGGAGGAGGAGGAGGAGGAGGAAGAGGCGGAGGAGCCGGAGGAGCCGGCGGAGCCGGCGAACCCGGGCUCAGAAGAGGUGGUGACGGUGGAGGAGGUGGAGGAAGAGCAGAGGCGGGAGCUGGACUCGGACUUUAACUCUGAGAGCCCUCCUCGGGAGAGUACGGACGAGGAGGACGACGAAGAGGCCGAGGCCUGGCUGCAGGCGCACCCCGCUGGGCCUCUGCCUCCGUCCUCGCUCUCGCGGCACCGCUUCUCGGAGAACCAGCAGACCGGCCGCGAGCAGGUUGUCCCAUUGACACAUCAUGUAUGGCAAGAGUCAUCAUAUCAAGGCAAUAGUGGAACACAGAUUUCUGAUACUAAUGUGGUCUUUGUGGAAAAAACAGCUUGGUGGGGGUCUAGGAAUGAUCAGAGAACAGAAUCUUGGCAUUAUCCUCCGCAAGAAAUGGACUCUUCCCACACUUUGGAUACAACCCAGACCAGGUUUAAUAUGAGAGAGGAAGGGACCGAAGUGACAGACUUCCCCUCUGUGGAGGAAGGUAUACUGACCCAACCAGAAAAUCAAGUAAAGAAAUCCAAGAGAGAUCUCUUAUGUUCGCCACUGCUAGUCAUACAAGACAACUUUGCUUCUCCUGAUUUGCCUUUGCUGACAUGCUUGACACAAGAUCAAGAGUUUGAGUCUGAUUCCUUAUUUCAACCCAGUGAACUAGAAUUUGUACCUCUGAGGGGAAUUCCUGGUAAGUCUGAAGAUACUGAAUGGUUUUCUCGGCCGUCGGAAGUUAGUGAAGCUUUAUUCCAGGCAGCCUCAGAAGUAGCUUCAGACUUAGGUAACAGUUGUAUUACUGUAUCUCAGCACUCACUUAUAGCUAGUACAGCUGUUGAGUCUCAGCACUCUUUUUUACCUCUUGAACAAGGGACUAAAGAAGAGACUAUUUCGUCUGAUACAGUCGAUGAACUGAAAACCCCCAAAGACUUUGAUAGUUAUGAUGCUCUUUGUUCCUAUAUGACAUGGAAGACACAAGAAAUUCAGGAGCCAGAAACCAGUUUAACUGAUAAAGGUCAAGCUUCUGUUUCAACCUCAUCUUAUACAAGUGAUGAAUACAUGACUCCUGAAGGAAGUGACAGUUUUGAUGCUUCUUGUUCGUAUGUGCAGUAUUGGAAACAGAAAGCUUUACAGCAGUCAGAAAAAUAUUUAACCAAGGGCCUGCAGGGGAAGGCUGAAUCUGGCACCUAUACUCUGGAUGAUGAUACUGAAUGCUGUAACCUAGAUGAGAAUGCUGUUGUAUGCAGUACAAGAGUUGAUGAUCUACAAAGAGAGAUAUGUGAACAAGGUGACUUGACUAGUGAAUGCAUUGAGCUAGCAAGUUUAAAAAAUGUGCUUGAUGAUCUAGAGGUUUGUGACAGCUCCCUGGACUGGGAAUCUAAGGAAGAGAGUGAUUUUGAAGAGUCAGUAGGUCAUUCUAAUAUGGACAUUAAUCAGCCCUUUUCAUCUAUAUUGCCUCCAUUUAUUCCUCAUGAGCCAGCCAGAGAGUUGGAGUAUCACUCUUCAGAUCUCAGAAUGUUGAGAGUAUCUCCUGACACUGUGCAAAAGACUCUCAAACAUUCAGCAGGAGAUACUUCUAAAGGAGGCAUAGCUGUAAUUACUCAAUCCAGCUUGAAACCAGGUAUCACUACUACUCCUAGAGAAUCAGAUACUGGAUCUCUAUUAUCCUUGUUCCCUGAGGACUUUCCUCAAUUGGCUUUAAGAUCUCAAGAGAUUACUAUUGGUCAACACUCUGAUACACUCCACCAACAGGAAUUGGUAGGAAGUCAUAAAACUGAAGAGACUCCAAAAGUUUCAACUCUUCCUAAACUAGAUGACCAGAACACUGGGAUAUCAACAGUACCUUCUAGUUCCUACUCACAAAGAGGGAAGCCCAGUAUUUUACACCAACAGUCCUUGCCAGACAGUUAUCUAGCUGAAGAGGCUCUUAAAGUUGCAGCUCUUCCGGAAACUACUGACCAGAAGACUAGCAUACCUACAGUCCUUCCAGGUUCCUACUCACUUGGAGAGAAGUGUAAUAUUUUCCACCCUGAGAAUUUGCCAGAGAGUCAUCUAACUGAAGAGGCUAUAAGAGUUUCGGCUUUUUCUGGUCUUGCUGACCAGAAGACUGACAUACCUACAGUCCUUCCAAGUUCCUAUUCGCUCAGAGAAAAGCACAAUAUCUUUUACCAACAGGCCUUGCCAGACAGUCAUCUAACUGAAGAGGCUGUUAGAGUUUCAGCUGUUCCUGGUCCUGCUGAUCAGAAGACUUGCAUACCUAUAGUCCUUCCAGGUUCCUACUCACUUGGAGAGAAGCACAAAAUCUUCUGCCAACAGGCCUUGCCAAAUAGCCAUCUAACUAAAGAGACUCUAAAAGUUUCAGCUGUUCCUGGUCCUGUUGAACAGAAGAGUGUAAUACCUAUAGUCCUUCCAGGUUCCUACUUACUUGGAGAGAAACGUAAUAUUUUCCACCCUCCGACAUUGCCAGAGUGUCAUCUAACUGAAGAGGCUGUAAGAGUUUCGGCAGCUGUUCCUGGUUCUGUUGACCAAAAGACUGGCAUACCUACAGUCCUUCCAGGUUCCUUUUCACUUGGAGAGAAGGCCAGUAUCUUUCACCAACAGGCCUUGCCAGAGAGUCAUCUAACUAAAGAGGCUCUAAGAGUUUCAGCUGUUCCUGGUCCUGUUGACCAGAAGACUGGCAUACCUACUGUCCUUCCAGGUUCCUACUCACCUGGAGAGAACCGUAAUAUAUUCCAACCUCAGACUUUGCCAGAUGGUCAUCUAACUGGAGAGGCUGUAAGAGUUUCAGCUGUUCCUGGUCCUGUUGAUCAGAAGACUGGCAUACCUACAGUCCUUCCAGGUUCCUACUCACUUGGAGAGAAACGUAAUAUUUUCCACCCUCAGACUUUGCCAGGCAUUCAUCUGACUGAAGAGGCUCAAAGAGUUUUGGCUGUUCCUGGUCCUGCUCAUGAGAAGCCUGGCAUACCUACAGGCCUUGCAGGUUCCUACUCACUUGGAGAGAAGCGUAAUAUUUUCUACCCUCAGACCUUGCCACAGAGUCAUCUAACUGAAGAGGCUCUAAAAGUAUUGGCUGGUCCUGGUCCUGCUAACCAGAAGACUGGCAUAUCUACAGGCCUUCUAGGUUCCUACUCACUUGGAGAGAAGUGUAACAUUGUCCACCCUGAGACUUUGUCAGGCAGUCAUUUAACUGAAGGGACUCAAAGAGUUUUGGCUGUUCCUGGUCCUGUUGACCAGAAGACUGGCAUACCUACAAUCCUUCCAGGUUCCUACUCACUUGGAGAGAAACGUAAUAUUUUCCACCCUGAGAAUUUGCGAGACAGUCAUUUAACUGAAGAGGCUCUAAGAGUUUCAGGUGUUCCUAGUCCUGCUGACCAGAAGACUGACAUACCUGCAGGCGUUGCAGGUUCCUACUCACUUGGAGAGAAGCGUAAUAUUUUCUACCCUCAGACCUUGUCACAGAGUCAUCUAAUUGAAGAGGCUAUAAGAGUUUCUGCUUUUCCUGGUCCUGCUGACCAGAAGACUGGCAUACCUACAGGCCUUGCAGGUUCCUACUCACUUGGAGAGAAGUGUAAUAUUGUCCACCCUGAGACUUUGCCAGACAGUCAUUUAACUGAAGGGAGUCAAAGAGUUUUGGCUAUUCCUGGUCCUGUUGACCAGAAGACUGGCAUACCUAGAGUCCUUCCAGGUUCCUACUCACUUGGAGAGAAGCGUAAUAUUUUCCACCCUGAGAAUUUGCCAGACAGUCAUCUAACUGAAGAGGCUCUAAAAGUGUUGGCUGGUCCUGGUCCUGCUGACCAGAAGACUGGCAUACCUACAGGCCUUCCAGGUUCCUACUCACUUGGAGAGAAGCAUCAUAUUUUCCACUCUGAGAAUUUGCCAGACAGUCAUCUAACUGAAGAGGCUCUAAAAGUUUUGGCUGUUCCUGGUCUUGCUGACGAGAAGACUGGCAUACCUACUGUCCUUCCAGGUUCCUACUUACUUGGAGAGAAGCAUCAUAUUUUCUACUCUAAGAAUUUGCCAGACAGUCCUCUAACAGAAGAGGCUAUAAGAGUUUCUGCUUUUCCUGGUCCUGUUGACCAGAAGACUGACAUACCUACAGGCUUUCCAGGUUCUUACUCACUUGAAGAGAAGCAUAAUACUGUCCACCCUGAGAUUUUGCUGGACAGUCUUCUGACUGAAGAGGCUGUUAGAGUUUUGGCUGUUCCUGGUCCUGAUGACCAGAAGGCUGACGUACCUACAGGCCUUCCAGGUUCCUACUCACUUGGAGAGAAGUGUAAUAUUGUCCACCCUGAGACUUUGCCAGACAGUCAUCUAACAGAAGAGGCUGUAAGAGUUUCAGCUGUUCCUGGUCCUGUUGACCAGAAGACUGGCAUACCUACAGGCCUUCCAGAUUCCUACUCACUUGGAGAGAAGCAUAGCAUUUUCCACCCUGAGAUUUUGCCAGGUAAUCAUCUAACUGAAGAGGCUGUUAGAGUUUUGACAGUUCCUGGUCCUCCUGACCAGAAGACUGACAGACCUACAGGCCGUCCAGGUUCCUACUCACCUAGAGAGAAGCAUAAUAUUUUCUACCCUCAGACCUUGCCAGAGAGUCCUCGAACAGAAGAGGCUCUAAGAGUUUCAGCUGUUCCUGGUCCUGUUGACCAGAAGACUGGCAGACCUACAGUCCUUCCAGGUUCCUACUCACCUGGAGAGAAGCAUCAUAUUUUGCACCCUGAGACUUUGCCAGACAGUCAUCUAACAGAAGAGUCUCUGAAAAUUUCAACUGUUCCUGUACCUACUGACCAGAGGACUGAGAAAAUAAUAGUACCCUCUGCUUCCCUUUCACAAAGAGAGAAGCAUGUUAUUUUCUCUCAACAACAGUUGUCAGAUGGUGAUCUAACUGCACAGGUUCUGAAAGCUUCAGUUGCUCCUGGACCAGCUGAUCAAAACAUUGGACUACCUACAUUAUCUUCAAGUUCCUACUCACUUGGAGAGAAGCACUGUAUCUGUUACCAACAGGCCUUGCUAGAUAGUCAUUUAAUUGAACAGGCUCAGAAAGUUGCAGCUGUUCCUAGACCAGCUGAUCAGAAGACUAGGAUACCUUUGGCAUCCUCUACUUCUUACUUACAGGGAGAGAGACCCCAUAUUUUCUGUCAACAGACAUUGCCAGAAAGUGAUCUAACUGAACAGGCCCUGAAAUAUUCUCCUGGAUCUGCUGAGCAGAAGACUGGAAUACCAACGUUAACCUCUACUUCUUAUUCACAUAGAGAGAAGUCCAGUAUAUCCCACCAACAGGAGUUGCCAGAUAGUCCUCUAGCUGAACAGGCUCAGAAAGUUCCAGCUGUUCCUGGACCAGCUGAAAAAAAGAGUGGGUCACUAUCAGAAGCUUCUAAUUUCUCCUCACGUAGAGAGAAGCACAGUAUUUUCUACCAACAGGAGUUUCUAGGCAGUUCUCUAAUUGAACCGGCUCAGAAAGUUUCACCUGUUCCUGGUCCUACUGACCAAAAGCCUGAGAUAUCAACAGUAACCUCUACUUACUCCCAUGUAGAAAAGCCCUUUAUUUUCUACCCACAGGGCUUACCAGACAGUCCUCUUCCUGAGGAAGCUCUAAAAGUUACAGCUGUUUCUGAACCAGCUGACCAACAGACUGGCACACCAGUAGUUCCCUCUUCUUCCUACUCACCUGGAGAGAAACCCAUUAUUUUCUACCCACAGAGCUUGACAGACGUUUAUCUCACUCAAGAGGCUCUGAAAGUUUCAGCCAUAUCUGGAUCAGCUGACUGGAAGACUGGAAUACCAACAGUAUCCUCUACUUCCUACUCAAAUAGAGAGAAGCCCAUUAUUUUCUACCCUCAGGGCUUGACAGAUAGUCAGCUACCUCAGGAGGCUCUGAACAUUUCAGCCAUUCCUGGACCAGCUGACCAGAAGACUGGGUUACCGUCAGAACCUUCUAGUUCCUACUCACUUAGAGAGAAGCCCGUUAUUUUCUACCCACAGGACUUGACAAAUAGUCAGCUACCUCAGGCGGCUCUGAAAGUUUCAGCCAUUCCUGGACCAGCUGACCAAAAAACUGGGUUACCAUUAGAAGAUUCUAGUUCCUACUCACAUAGAGAGGAGCCCAUUAUUUUCUACCCACAGGGCUUGACAGACAGUCAGCUACCUCAGGCAGCUCUGAAACUUUCAGCUAUUCCUGGACCAGCUGACCAGAAGACUAGGUUACCAUCAGAACCUUCUAGUUCCUACUCAUUUAGAGAGAAGCCCAUUAUUUUCUACCCACAGGGCUUGACAGAUAGUCAGUUACCUCAGGAGGCUCUGAACGUUUCAGCCAUUCCUGAACCAGCUGACCAGAAGACUGAGUUACCAUCAGAACUUUCUAGUUCCUACUCACCUGGAGAGAAGCCCAUUAUUUUCUACCCACAGGGCUUGACAGAUAGUCAGUUACCUCAGGAGGCUCUGAAAGUUUCAGCUCUUCCUGGACCAGCUGACCAGAAGACUGGGUUGCCAUCAGAACCUUCUACUUCCUACUCACCUAGAGAGAAGCCCAGUAUUUUCUACCCACAGGACUUGACAGAUAGUCAGCUACCUCAGGAGCCUCUGAACAUUUCAGCUAUUCCUGGACCAGCUGAUCAGAAGACUGGGUUACCAUCAGAAUCUUCUAGUUCCUACUCACCUAGAGAGAAGCCCAUUAUUUUCUACUCACAGGGCUUGAUAGAUGGCCAGGUACCUCAGGUGGCUCUGAAAGUUUCAGCUACUCCUGGACUAGCUGACCAGAAGACUGGGUUGCCAUCAGAACCUUCUAGUUCCUAUUCACCUAGAGAGAAGCCCAUUAUUUUCUACCCACAGGGCUUGACAGACAGUCAGCUACCUCAGGAGGCUUUGAAAGUUUCAGCUAUUCCUGGACCAGGUGAUCAGAACACUGGGUUACCAUCAGAACCUUCUACUUCCUACUCACCUAGAGAGAAGCCCAGUAUUUUCUACCCACAGGACUUGACAGAUAGUCAGCUACCUCAGGAGCCUCUGAACAUUUCAGCUAUUCCUGGACCAGCUGAUCAGAAGACUGGGUUACCAUCAGAAUCUUCUAGUUCCUACUCACCUAGAGAGAAGCCCAUUAUUUUCUACUCACAGGGCUUGAUAGAUGGCCAGGUACCUCAGGUGGCUCUGAAAGUUUCAGCUACUCCUGGACUAGCUGACCAGAAGACUGGGUUGCCAUCAGAACCUUCUAGUUCCUAUUCACCUAGAGAGAAGCCCAUUAUUUUCUACCCACAGGGCUUGACAGACAGUCAUCUACCUCAGAAGGCUCUGAAAGUUUCAGCUAUUCUUGGGCCAGGUGAUCAGAAAACUGGGUUACCAUCAGAACCUUCUAGUUCGUACUCACACAGAGAGAAGUCUAAUAUUUUUUACGCACAGGAGUUCCCAGGCAGUCAUCUAACUGAAGAGGCUCUGAAAGUUUCAGCUUUUUCUGGAAUAGGUGAUCAGAAGACUGGGAUACCCACGGUACUUUCAAGUUCCUACUCUCUUGGAGGGAAGCCCAUUAUUUUCUACCAGCAGGCCUUAUCAGAUAGACAUCUCACUGAUGAGGCUCUGAAUGUUUCAGCUUCUUCUGGACCAGCUGACCAGGAGACUGGGAUACCAGCAGUAUCUUCUGUUUCUUACUCUCAUAGAGAGAGGCCCAGUAUUUUGUACCAACAGCCCUUCUCAGACAAUCAGUUGGCUAUAGCAGCUCUGAAAGUUUCAGCUGUUUCUGGGUCAGAUGAUCAGAAGACCAGAAAACCAACAAUUACUUCUGCUUCUUACUCAGAGAGAGAGAAGCCAAUCAUUUAUCAUCAGGAGUUGCCAGAUCUUACUCAAGAGUCUUUACGUGUUUUCAGGAUUCCUGGACUAGGUGACCAGAGGACUGGAGUAACAGCAGUAACCUCUACUACUUAUUCACAUAGAGAGAAGCCUGUCAUUUCUUAUCAGCAGGAGUUGCCAGCUCCUAACGAAGGUGCUUUAAAAGUUUUAGGGGCUCCUGGGUCAGCUGACCAGCAGUCUGGGAUACAAUUUGGACCCUCUACUUCCUAUUCACAUAGAGAGAGCCCCAUCUUUUCUUACCUGGAGUCUCCAGACAAUACUGAAGAAACUCUGAAAGUUUCAGCUGUUUCUGGACCAGGUGACCAGAAGACUGGGAUACAUAUAAUUCCCUCUAGUUCCUACUCGUAUAGAGAGAAGGACAGUAUUUUUUACCAGGAGGAGCUGCCAGAUGUUACUGAAGCAGCUUUAAAAGUUUUUGCUCUUCCUGGACCUGCUGACCAGAAGACUGAGAUACCAACAGGACCUUCUAGCUCUUACUCACAUGAAGAGAAACUGAAGAUUUCACCUGUGAUUUUACCAUAUGACCAGGAGACUGAAUUACUAACAGCUCCCCUUAGUUUCUACUCACAAAGAGAAAAGCCCAAAAUUUCAACUGUGAUUGGAUCAGAUAACCAGAAGACUCCAUUACUGACAGUUCUUCAUAAGUCCUAUUCUCAGAAAGUAAAGCCCGGUAUUUUCUUUCAACAUCAGCUGUCCGAUAAACAUCAAAGUGAGAAUACUUUGAAGAUAUCAGCUGUCUCUGAAUCAAUUGAUGUGAAUUCUGGGAUACCAAUAUCUCUUUCUAGUUCCUAUUCCCACAGAGAGAAAUCUAAUAAUUUCUACCCACAGGAAUUGCCAGACAAACAUCUAGGGGAAGGUGCACUGAAGGUUUCAACAAUUCCUCUACCAGCCGACCAGAAAAGUGUGUUACCAACUCCUCCUAGUUCCUUUUCACACAGAGAACAACCAGAUAUUUUCUGUCAACAGGAUUUUCCAGAUAGACACCUAACACAGGAUGCUCUGAUGUUCUCGAGUGGUGUUGGGCAAGUUGAUCAGAUUACUGGGUUAUCCACAGUUACCCCUGGUACUUAUUCAUAUAGUGAGAAGCAGAAGCUAGUUUCAGACCAUGUUCAAAUGCUAAUAGAUAAUUUAGAUUCUUCUAACUCCAGUGUUACCUCAAACAGUAUGCCUUUAAAUUCUCAGGCUGAUGGUAGAGUAAUAAUAAGUAAGCCAGAAUCUUCAAGUUUUGAAGAUGUUAGGUCUGAGGAAAUUCAGGAUAGAAGCAGUGGUUCCAAAACUCUUAAAGAGAUUCGGACCCUUUUAAUGGAGGCAGAAAAUAUAGCACUGAAACGAUGCAAUUUUCCUGCUCCCCUUGUCCCCUUCAGAGAUGUUAGUGAUAUUUCAUUUAUACAAUCUAAGAAGGUGGUUUGCUUCAAAGAACCUCUCACAGCUGAUGAGUAUAAUGGUGAUUUGCCUCAGAGACAACCAUUUAUAGAGGAAAGCCCAAGCAACAAGUGCAUACAGAAGGAUAUUAGCACACAGACAAAUCUAAAAUGCCAGAGAGGCAUUGAGAAUUGGGAGUUUAUUAGUUCAACUACAGUUAGAAGUCCUCUACAGGAAGCAGAAAGCAAAGCCAGAGUGACCGUAGACGAAACCCUUCGGCAAUAUAGAGCAGCCAAAUCUGUAAUGAGAUCUGAACCUGAAGGGUAUAGUGGAACCAUUGGGAAUAAAAUUGUAAUACCUAUGAUGACUAUCAUUAAAAGUGAUUCAAGUAGUGAUGCCAGUUCCUGCUCAUGGGACAGUAAUUCACUGGAGUCAGUUUCUGAUGUUCUUCUAAACUUCUUCCCAUAUUCUUCACCCAAGACAAGCCUAACAGAUAGUAGAGAAGAGGGUGUGUCAGAGAGUGAUGAUGGUGGUGGUAGCAGUGUAGAUUCACUGGCUGCACAUGUCAGAAACCUUCUGAAAUGUGAAUCCUCAUUGAAUCAUGCUAAACAAAUACUCAGAAAUGCAGAGGAAGAGGAAUGUCGAGUACGAGCACGAGCCUGGAAUCUGAAAUUUAAUCUGGCUCAUGAGUGUGGGUACUCCAUUUCAGAAUUAAAUGAAGAUGACAGGAGAAAAGUAGAAGAGAUCAAAGCAAAGUUGUUCAGUCAUGAGAGAACAACUGACUUGUCCAAGGGUUUACAGAGUCCACGGGGAAUAGGAUGCAAGCCAGAAGCUGUAUGUAGUCACAUUAUUAUUGAGAGCCAUGAAAAAGGAUGUUUCAGGACUCUAACUGCCGAACAACCACAAUUGGAUAGUCACCCUUGUGUUUUCAGAUCUGCUGACCCCUCAGACAUGAUCAGAGGACAACGGAGUCCAUCAUCAUGGAGAACCAGACACAUCGACCUUUCCAAAUCACUAGACCAGUGUAACCCCCAUUUCAAAGUUUGGAAUUCCUUGCAGUUACGAAGUCAUUCCCCAUUUCAAAACUUUGCAGCUGAUGACUUCAGAAUUAGCCAGGGUCUUCGAAUGCCAUUCCAUGAAAAGAUAGACCCUUGGCUGUCAGAAUUAGUAGAACCUGCUUCUGUGCCACUUGAAGAAAUGGAUUGUCAUUCUUCAUCACAAAUGCUGCCCCCUGAACCCAUGAAAAAGUUUACUACUUCCAUCACUUUUUCAUCUCACCGACAUUCUAAAUGCUUUUCAGAUUCCUCUGUUCUUAAGGUUGGUGUUACUGAAGGUAGCCAGUGUACUGGAGCAUCUGUGGGGGUAUUUAAUUCUCAUUUCACUGAAGAGCAAAAUCCUCCCAGAGAUCUAGAACAGAGAACCUCUUCCCCUUCAUCAUUUAAAAUUGUUAGUCAUUCACCAGAUAAAGCUGUGACUAUUUUAGCAGAAAGUAGCAGGCAAAGCCAAAAGUUAUCUGUUGAACAUUCUCAGCAAGAAGAAAAAUUCUUAGAAAGAUCAGAUUUUAAAAGCAGUGACUCUGAGCCUAGUACCAGUACAAAGUGUAGCAAUGUCAAGGAAGUUCAUUUUUCUGAUAACCAUACCUUCAUUAGCAUGAGCAGACCAAGUUCCACACUAGGAGUAAAAGAGAAGAAUGUAACUAUAACUCCAGAUCUUUCUUCGCACAUUAUUCUUGAACAACGACAGCUUUUUGAACAAAGCAAAGCCCCACAUGCAGAUCACCAUGUGAGAAAACACCAUUCUCCCCCUCCUCAACAUCAGGAUUACGUAGCUCCAAACCUUCCAUGUCGCAUUUGUCUUGAAAAACAAGAACUCUUUGAGCAAAGCAAAGCCCCACAUUUAGAUCAUCAGAUGAGAGAAAACCACUCUCCCUUUCUUCAAGGUCAGGAUUAUAUAGCUUCAGACCGACCUUCUUCCAUUUUUCUUGAACAACGUCAGCUCUUUGAACAGAGCAAAGCCCCAGAUGUAGAUCACAUGGGAAAAUACCAUUCCCCUCUUCCUCAAGUUCAGGAUUAUGUAGUAGAAAAGAAUAAUCAACAUAAAUUUAAAUCAUACAUUUCUAAUAUGAUAAAUGUUGAAGCCAAGUUCGAUAAUGUGAUUUCCCAAUCAGCCCCAAGUCAGUGUACAUUAGUAACAUCUACAUCUGCAUGUACUCCACCCUCAAAUAGAAAAGCACUUUCUUGUUUUCGUAUAACUCUUUAUCCCAAGACUCCUUCCAAGUUGGAUAGUGGAACGUUAGAUAAAAGAUUUCACACAUUGGAUCCGGCUUCUAAAACAAGGAUGAAUAGUGAGUUUAACUCUGACCUACAAACUAUAUCUUCAAGAUCGUUGGAACCAACCUCCAAAUUAUUGGCCAGUAAACCUAUAGCACAGAAUCAAGAAUCUUUAGGUUUUGUAAGACCUAAAUCUUCACCGGACUUCCAAGUUGUACAGUCUCCUCUUCCAGAUAGUAAUGAUAUUUCUCAGGACUUGAAAAGCAUACUUUUUCAGAAUAGCCAGAUAGUAACCUCAAGGCAAACACAAGUGAACAUUUCAGAUUUGGAAGGAUAUUCAAGUCCAGAAGGGACUCCGGUAUCUGCAGAUCGAGACACAGGCAGAGGGAGAAGCAGACUCCAUGCCAGGAACCCGACGUGGGACUUGAUCCCGGGACUCCAGGAUCGCGCCCUGGGCCAAAGAUCAUCAGAGGGGAUUAAGGCCCCAUUUUCUGCCUUCCCUGGAAAAUUGUCAUCUGAUGCAGUCACUCAGAUAACAACAGAAAGUCCAGGAAAAACCAGGUUUUCAUCUGAGAUUUUUAUUAAUGCCAAAGAUCGUGGACUUGCAAUUUCAGAGCCCAGUACCCAGAAGCUGGGCAAAGGUCCUGUUAAGUUUGCCUCAUCAUCUUCAGUCCAGCAGAUUACUCAUCCUCAUGGCACAGAUGCCCAGCCUUCACUGUUGCCGUAUAAACCUCCUGGUAGUACAAAGAUGUACUAUGUUCCACAAUUAAGACAAAUUCCUCCAUCUUUGGAUUCCAAAUCAGACACUACCGUUGAGAGCUCACACUCAGGAUCCAAUGAUGCCAUUGCUCCAGACUUCCCAGCAGAAGUGCUAGGCACAAGGGAUGAUGACCUCACAGUCCCUGCUAACAUUAAACAUAAAGAGGGGAUCUACAGUAAGAGGGUGGUGCCUAAGGCAUCCUUGUUAGUAGGGCGAAAAACCCCUCAGAAAGAUAAUGCAGAUGCCCAAGUUCAGGUUUCCAUCACUGAAGAUGAGAACCUCUCAGACAAAAACCAGAAAAAGGAAAUCUACACUAAAAAGGCAGUGACUAAGGCUGCCCAGCCUGAAGAAGAAUCUUUGCAGAAAGCCUCUAAAGGUUCCAGCGAUGCUGCUGUUGCAGAGCACUCAGCUCGACUACAAGACGUAAAGCUUGAAAGUCUGCCAGACACUAAAGCCAUUAAACAGAAAGAGGAGAUCCUUAAUGAGAGGACAUUUCCUAAGGAAGCCUGGAAAGAAGAUAAGGAAUCCUUGCAGAUAGAUAUUGCAGAGUCCAGAUGUCAUUCAGAAUUUGAAAAUACUACCCAUUCUGUCUUCAGGUCAGCCAAGUUUUACUUUCAUCAUCCCGUGCACCUACCAAGUGAUCAAGAUUUCUGCCAUGAAUCCUUAGGGAGGAGUGUUUUCAUGAGGCAUUCUCUGAAGGAUUUCUUUCAGCAUCAUCCAGACAAACAGAGAGAACACACCAGUCUUCCUUCCCCUCGUCAAAAUGUGGAAAAGACAAAGACAGAUUAUACCAGAAUAGAGAGCCUCAGUAUCAAUGUAAACUUGGAAAACGAUGUGAUGCAUACUGCUAAAAGUCGGGCUAGAGAUAAUCCAAAGAGUGACAAACAACUUAAUGAUCAAAAAAGGGAUCAUAAGGUCACCCCAGAGCCAACAGCUCAGCACACAGUGAGUUUGAAUGAACUCUGGAACAGGUAUCAGGAGCGACAGAGGCAACAGAGGCCUCCCCAGUUUGGUGAUAGGAAAGAACUUUCCUUGGUGGAUCGACUGGAUCGUUUGGCUAAACUUCUUCAGAAUCCCAUCACAUAUUCUCUCCGGACCUCUGAAAGCACACAAGAUGAUAGCAGAGGAGAAAGAGAUGUUAAGGAAUGGAGUGGUAGACAGCAACAGCAGAAAAACAAGCUUCAGAAAAAGAAGCGGUAUAAAAGCCUAGAGAAAUUUCAUAAAAACGCAGGAGAGCUUAAAAAAAGUAAGAUGCUUUCUACUCAUCAAGCUGGAAAAUCCAAUCAGAUUAAAAUUGAACAGAUUAAGUUUGAUAAGUAUAUCCUGAGAAAACAGCCAGAUUUUCACUACAGAAACAACACUUCUUCAGAUUCUAGACCCUCAGAGGAGAGUGAGCUGCUCACAGAUACUGCCACCAACCUCCUUUCCACCACCACUUCUCCUGUGGAAUCAGAUAUAUUGACCCAAACAGAUAGAGAGGUGACCUUGCAGGAGAGGAGCAGCUCCAUCUCCACCAUUGACACUGCCCGACUGAUCCAAGCUUUUGGCCAUGAGAGAGUUUGUCUGUCACCCAGGCAAAUUAAGUUAUACAGCAGCAUCACUGACCAUCAGAGGAGAUACCUUGAGAGGCGGAGCAAGAAGAACAAGAAAGCAUUGAAUAUGAAUCAUCCCCAAAUGACUUCUGAGCACACCAGAAGGAAACACAUCCAGGUGGCAGACCAUGUGAUUUCUUCUGACUCUGUUUCAUCUUCUACCAGUAGUUUCUGGAGCUCAAGCUCUACCCUUUACAACAUGCAAAAUGUACAGAUGUUAAACAAAGCUGUACAAGCAGGUAACUUGGAGAUCGUGAACGGUGUCAAAAAACACACUCGUGAUGUUGGGAUGACUUUCCCAACUCCAAGUUCUAGCGAGGCUAGGAUAGAAGAGGACAGUGACAUGACUUCUUGGUCAGAAGAAAAAAUAGAAGAGAAAAGACUUCUCACCAAUUAUCUUGGGAACAAAAAGUUAAGGAAGAACAAACACAGUUGCUGUGAAGGAGUAUCAUGGUUUGUUCCUGUGGAAAACGUGAAGUCUGAACCUAAGAAGGAAAACCUACCCAAGCUUCAUGGCCCUGGUAUCUGCUGGUUUGCACCAAUAACCAACACCAAACCGUGGAGGGAACCUCUACGGGAACAGAACUGGCAGGGACAGCACGUGGAUGGCCACAGGCCACUAGCAGGCCCAGACAGAGAGCGACUGAGGCCAUUUGUGAGAGCAACCCUACAGGAAUCCCUUCACCUUCACAGACCUGACUUCAUCUCCCGCUCUGGGGAGCGGAUAAAGCGUCUGAAGCUGAUAGUCCAGGAGAGGAAGCUGCAGAACAUGUUGGAAAGUGAGCGAGAGGCACUGUUCAAUGUUUCAAGAGAAUGGCAGGGCUACCGGGACCCCACGCACCCGCUCCCGAAGAGAGGUUUCCUGGAUGCCCGAAAGAGCAGGCCUAUUGGGAAGAAGGAAAUGAUUCAGAGGUCUAAACGAAUUUAUGAGCAGCUGCCAGAAGUGCAGAGAAAGAGAGAAGAGGAGAAGAGGAGAUUGGAAUAUAAGUCAUACCGGCUGCGAGCUCAGCUAUUCAAGAAGAAAGUGACCAAUCAACUCUUGGGGAGAAAAGUUCCCUGGAACUGAUAUAAGAUUAUUUUCCUCAGAAUCUUGGAAUUAUAUUUUAUCAACCUGAAGAAGCACAGUCCUUACUUUUAUGAGUCUGGUUUAAUAAAACUUAACUCGUUGUCCAUGUGUAAUUUAGAAGUAGUAACCUGAAGAGUCUGAGACCAAUUGGUGAUUAAGAUUAUUAAUGGUUUGGUAGUAGUACUUUCUCCACAGUGGCCCUGCCCACAGGAAUGUUUGUCACAAUGAUAUCAUUUCUGAACUGUGGCCACAAAUAAGUCCCUUUUUGUAUGUGUUUUUAUAGUUUAGAAAAUAAAUAACUUUUGAUUGAUUCAUAGUA